AUUUAAGAAAGUUGAAAAAUAUAGCUUUUAACGAGUAAAUAAAGUUAUGUUGCCCUCUCAGAAAAAUAAAAUAGAUUUAAAUACAUUAACUGAGGAAGAAAAUAAAUUAUUUCGUUUAUAUGGGAAAAUACCACAAAAAAAUGAUAUUUUGAAUAAUAAGCUCAAAGAGAGGAAAUAUUUUGAUUCAGGAGAUUAUGCAUUAUCAAAGGCUGGAAAAGCUUCUGAUGUUGGUAUUAUUAAUAUUGGAUCUCAAAUACCAUCAUUAGAAACGAUUUCUCAUCAUAUGAAUCUAACAGGCUAUUCUAAUUUUUCAGGUGGAAGUUCUAUAUCCAAUUUUUCUGGGUCACCUGUUAAAGAGAGUAAUUUAUUGCAUUGUAGUAUUUUAAGCCAGACUUCUUCUGCAAAUGAUGUUAAACAUGACCUAGAUACGUCUUUGAAUGAUUAGAUAUACUUUAUUUUUAUAUUAUUUUAUGUUAAUAAUUAUAAAUCGU